AUGUACUUUCAACCAACACAGCUUUCGACCUCUCGUCGCCCUGACCUAAAAGCAGGGGAAUCAUUAAUAGUUCAACAAGCAAGUGUUGGUCUGUACGAAGGCAAAAAUAAAGUCGAAUCUGCCCAAGAUGGUGUAUGUUACCUGACAUCUCAUCGCAUAAUCUAUGUCGACAGCAAGGAUUCAGGACAGAAUUCUUGUGAGAUUCCACUCAAUUCAAUCAGAGAAAUCGAGAGUUAUGCAAGAUUCUUAAUGUCAUCACCUAAAUUGAUUCUACAUUUGGAUGUAAAAGCACUCUCUGACCAUUCACGACCUCCUGCUCCAGUAAUCUCUACAUCUGUAGCCGGAGUGUGGGCUUGUCCGAUUUGUUUUUUUACCAAUCAAGCAACUGUAGACAAGUGUCAAUUGUGUGGUGUUCGGCAUGUAACCACCAAUGAUAAUAACAGCUCACCUUCUCAACCACAAAAACAAACGCAAUCAGUUCAGCAACAACACCGACAACAACAACAGCAGCAGCAGCAGCAACAAAACCAAUUACCAGCAAAUGACGACGGAAAUGGUUCUCAUUGUCGUGUGUGUACAUUUAUCAACCAUCCAAGCCUAAAUCAGUGUGAAAUGUGUGGUGCAGAUUUGAUUACAGAACCCUUGUUUACCGAGAAUGCUAUCGAAUCUUUGGUCAUUGAAGACGAUCCGCAUGUUCGUAUUGCUUUUAGACACGGAGGUCAACCAAGAUUCUUGCAGAAUCUCAAAAAUGCAAUUCAGGUCAAGGCAUGGGAAGCUCCAGUGAUAGAAGAGAGUGUGCCUGUGAUCAAGUCAAAGGGAGUUGGUAUCAGUGCUAUUCGAGAAAGAGUUGAACAAUCUACUCAAAAGGCCAAUGAUACCAUGUCAGAUGCUUUUCAGGAUCUCAAUAGAUUGAUGACCAAGGCUACUGAAAUGGUUAAAUUGGCAGAAUCUAUUUCUUUGAAAAUGAGCAGAGAUAUAACGACUGACAAUGACAAGGAUAUGGCAACACUCAAAGGAUAUCUUUUAAAUCUUGGAAUAGCAAGCCCAGUAACUCGUGAUUCGGCUGGAUCGAUAUAUCACCAGGAACUUGCACGAGAACUAGCAGAUUUUCUUACAAAAUUCCUUGAUUCGAGUGACAGUAUCAAGUCUCUUGCGGAUGUGUAUUGUAUUUUCAACCGUGCACGAGGUGUAGCUCUGGUAUCUCCUGAGGAUUUGUAUAAAGCAAGCACUCAAUUUGAAUCACUCCAAUUGCCUUUUCGCUUAAAGAAAUUCCCAAGCGGACUGCUUGUUGUUCAAUCGGUGGCUAUGGAUGAUGAUCAGGCAGCUUCUCGGAUAUUGUCACACGUCAAAAACCAUGGUCAUCUUACAGCCUUACAGUUGGCUGAAAUAGAACAUUGGGCUUUGGCAGUAGCUAGCGAACAGCUUCUGAUGACUGAACAAAAAGGAUUGUUAUGUCGCGACGAAGGACCUGUUGGGUUAACCUUUUAUGAAAAUCUGUUUUGUUCUGUAAACUAAAUACAAGAAAGAAUAAAAACAUUCUCCCACUUUUAUAUCAAGUAUAUAUAUAUAUAUAUAUAUAUGAGAGUGUGUUUUUGAAAUUC